UAUAGAUAUGGGACCUCCACACAUGGACUUUUUAAGAAGCUGGGAAUUCCUGGGCCAACACCUUGGCCUUUUGUGGGAACUGCUCUGGCCUACCGUAAGGGUUUUUCUGGUUUUGAUGAGAAAUGUUUCAGAAAGUAUGGAAGAUUUUGGGGGUUUUAUGAUGGGCGACAGCCUGUGUUGGCUAUCAUGGAUCCGGACAUGAUCAAAACGGUACUCGUGAAAGAAUGUUACUCUGUCUUCACAAACCGGCGGUGUUUUGGUCCAGUGGGAUUUAUGAAAAGUUCAGUUUCUUUGUCUGAGGAUGAAGAAUGGAAGAGAAUGCGAACAUUGCUGUCUCCAACCUUCACUAGCGGAAAGCUCAAGGAGAUGUUCUCCAUCAUUGGCCACUAUGGAGAUGUGUUGGUGAGGAACCUGAGGAAGGAGACAGAGAAAAGCAAGUCCAUCACCUUGAAAGACAUCUUUGGGGCCUACAGCAUGGAUGUGAUUACCAGCACAUCAUUUGGAGUGAACAUUGAUUCCCUCAACAACCCACAAGAUCCCUUCGUGGAAAAUAUUAAGAAUUUCCUAAAAUUUGAUUUCCUUGAUCCAUUUUUCUUCUCAGUAUUACUGUUUCCAUUCCUUACCCCAGUUUGUGAAAAAUUAAAUAUCUCACUAUUUCCAAAAACUGUUACUGAUUUUUUCAUGAAAUCUGUAAAAAGGAUGAAGGAAAGUCGCCUCAAAGAUAAACAAAAGCACCGAGUGGAUUUUCUUCAGCUGAUGAUUAACUCCCAGAAUUCCAAAGAAAUAGACACCUAUAAAGCUCUCUCUGAUCUGGAGCUUGUGGCCCAAUCUAUUAUCUUUAUUAUUGCUGGCUACGAGACCACUAGCACUUCUCUUUCCUUCCUUGUGUAUGAACUGGCCACUCACCCUGAUGUCCAGCAGAAACUGCAGGAGGAGAUUGACGCGACUUUCCCCAAUAAGGUAUUGCCCACUUAUGAUGCCCUUCUACAGAUGGAGUAUCUGGACAUGGUGUUGAAUGAGACUCUCAGAUUAUACACAAUCGGUGGUAGACUUGAGAGGGUCAGUAAGAAAGAUGUGGAAAUCAGUGGUGUGUUCAUUCCCAAAGGGACAGUGGUGAUGGUGCCAAUCUUUACUCUUCACCGAGACCUGGAUCUCUGGCCAGAGCCUGAGGAGUUCCGUCCUGAAAGGUUCAGUAAGAAGAACAAGGACAACAUAAAUCCUUAUACAUACCUGCCUUUUGGAACUGGACCCCGAAACUGCCUUGGGAUGAGGUUUGCGAUCAUGAACAUGAAACUUGCCCUGGUCAGAGUCCUGCAGAACUUCUCCUUCAAACCUUGUGAAGAAACACAGAUCCCUCUGAAAUUAAAUUCACAACGGUUACUUCGACCAGAAAAACCCAUUGUUCUCAAGGUUGAGCCAAGAGAUGGGAGUGUGAGUGGAGCCUGACUUUCUCUAAAGACUUCCCCUUUGUUCUUCAAGAAGCUGUAUCCCAGAUUACCAGAGACUUCAAUUUUCUUUGUGAGUAAAACCCAGAAAUGAAGAUGGCCUACAUGUACUGCCUGUGACAGAUGACUAGGGAUUCCGUACAUUCUUUUAGCUUUUGUGGUGUCUGUGUGGAGCAUUGUAUAUUGUGGAGAGUAAAGGAGGUGAUAAUAAUUGCCAGAGAUGUAGACUCAGCCUGUCUGGUUCACAUACACUACCCCCAGUUAGUACCAACUACUCCCCUGAGCACAGAUCAAGAAUAAAACUUUCUCAACAAUUUUA